AUGUCUAAUUCAAUAUUUGCAGAUGGUUCUUCAAAAAUACAAACUUCAAUUCAACAUAUAAAUUCAUUAGAUGAAGCAAAAUUUAAAAAACUUAUUCAACGUAUUGCUGAAAAAACAGGACAACAAAAUGAAACAAUAUUUACAAUAGAUGAAUUAAAUAAAUUAGAAAAUGCUUUUAAUUUAUCAAUAGAUAAUAUUAAACAAAUAAUUGAAACAAUUGAAUAUAUGUUUCUACAAUCAGCAUAUCAUUUAAUAAAACCACAAAUACUUGAAAAUGAUUUAAUUAAUGAACAAAAUUUUGAUGAAAAUAAAGCAAAAAUAUUUGUUGAACAAUGGUCAAUAAAUGCAAAAGAAAUUGUUGAACGUUUAAAAACUUCUCAUAUUGCUUCAUAUUCAUUAUCUGAUAUACAUUGGACAUUAGAUGUUGGUAUAACACAAUCAAGUAAAAGUAAAGUUAAACGACCAAUAGCUAUAUAUGAAUUUCAACUUAAAAAUGAACAAACAAAACAAAUUGAAAAUAUACAAACUGAAUUUAAUAAAGAUGAACUUUAUACAUUUUUCGAAAAGCUUGAAUCAAUUCAAAGUCAAUUAGAUGCAUUGAUGACAUGA